CACUCAUUUUAUCAUCCCACUGCUAUCUCACAACCACACCAGUAGCCAACAGCCACAUCUGCAACCACCGCCACUCUCUCUAAAACUCAUCUUUCUCUCUUUUCAACAUGACGCAAGAAGUGGGGGAAGUGGCGGAAGUGGGAGACACGCCGAAGGACUACCACGACCCACCACCGGUGUCAUUCAUAGAGCCCAAGGAGCUGAUCAAGUGGUCAUUCUACAGGGCUGUGAUUGCCGAGUUCGUUGCCACCCUUCUCUUCCUUUACGUUACUGUCUUAACAGUUAUCGGCUACAAGGGUCAGAUCGACAAGGGCGCCGAUCCCUGCGGCGGCGUAGGUAUCCUGGGUAUUGCUUGGGCCUUCGGUUCCAUGAUCUUCGUUCUGGUUUACUGCACCGCCGGUAUCUCCGGUGGCCACAUUAACCCAGCCGUCACAUUUGGUCUUUUUCUGGCUCGUAAGGUGUCAUUCAAUCGAGCCUUCAUGUACAUAGUGGCUCAGUGCUUAGGAGCCAUUUGUGGUGUGGGAAUAGUCAAGGGCUUCAACCCGACUUACUACAACAACUAUGGUGGUGGUGCCAAUGAGCUAGCCGAUGGCUACAACAAAGCCGCUGGUUUGGGUGCAGAGAUCAUCGGCACUUUCGUUCUUGUUUACACAGUCUUCUCCGCCACUGACCCCAAGAGGAGUGCCCGAGACUCCUUUGUUCCUGUGUUAGCACCUCUACCCAUUGGGUUCGCUGUGUUUGUGGUUCACUUAGCCACGAUUCCCAUUACUGGAACGGGUAUUAAUCCGGCUAGGAGUUUGGGAGCUGCGGUCAUUUACAACAAGGAGAAAGCUUGGGAUGAUCAAUGGAUAUUCUGGGUCGGACCUUGUAUAGGUGCAGCCAUCGCGGCUUUCUACCAUCAAUUCAUCUUGAGAGCCGGUGCAGCCAGGGCCAUUGAAUCGUUUAGAAGCAGCACCCAUGUUUGAGAGAAAUCGAUUGGUCAAUUUUCUUGAAAAAGAUGGGAAGAAAUUGUUUGUAUGUGUAAGAAAGUGUGUGGUGGUUUUUGUGUUAAUGAGGGUGUAGAUGUCUUGCUCAUGGUUUAAUCGGGACCAUGGAAAUGUGAUGUAAAUGCAUGCGUUUCAAUUAUGGAUACCCCGGGCCCUCAUGUUAUUUUGCCAUUUUAGAACUUUGUAUCUACUCAAUUAAUGGGUAUGUGUUUCAAUGUUGUUGAUCAGAAUGUUGUUUUAUGUAAGAUAUUAAGUAUUAAUAAUGAGUGUUAGUUAUGGAUCAAAA